AUGGUUGGCAAAGUGAAAAGAGGAUUACUUCGGCAUUCGAAAUCCAUUACUGGUAAAUCUAGAUUGCUAAACUCCAAGAGUUUAAAGCCACAGCAGACGAGGCAACUAAUUCGACGAUUUCACGUGUUGCAAAAGAACAGACAUCUUAUACUUGUAAAAUUACUGCAAAUGAAAAAACUAAUAGACAGCAAAGAAAAAGAACAACACAAUGAGGAGGAAAAAAAAGAACGAGAAGCAAAAGUAUAUGACAUUUUGAAAAAUAACAAGCAGUAUAAAGCUGCUUACGAUGCUUUUAAAUGUCCUAGCAAAUAUGCCGACUGCGAAGUUUACAAAAUCGAUAGCACUGUACAAGACGAGUCCAUGUUGAUUAAAACACUAGCAAAAAUUGAUGCGGAGAUUGAACAAAGAGGUGGGUUAUCGAGAUACCAAAUCGCCUCCACUCAGGGUCAAACAGGUAAAAGAGGCGGCGACUCUUCCAAGAAAUUGGUUGAAUGGCUUAGAACUGAUGAGUAUAAUACAAAAUUACAAAAUGUCACUGCAUUGGAGAUUGGAUGCUUGAGCACACAAAACUUUAUCACGACAAGCGGGAUAUUUAGUCAUAUCGAUCGAAUUGACUUGAAUUCGCAAGACCCCAUGAUUCUUCAGCAAGAUUUUAUGAAACGCGACUUGCCAAAAAGCGAUAAGGAAAAGUAUAAUUUGAUAUCUUGCUCUCUAGUACUUAAUUUUGUGCCAUCACACGAGGAAAGAGGACAAAUGUUGAAAAGAAUUACUCAGUUUUUAAAGAAACCAGUAGCAUCUAUCGACAAAAGCCAGCAACUGCGACUGCUAAGCAGUUUGUUUCUUGUUUUACCUUUACCUUGCGUCACAAACUCACGGUACCUUGACAAAGAGCACCUACAAAAAAUUAUGAAGUCCUUAGGUUUUACGCAGACUUUUUACCACGAAGCGAAAAAAGUAGCUUACUGGAUAUUUGAUUGGGAUGGAAAGAUCCAGAGGAACGCAAGCUUUACAAAGAAGGAAUUACAUUCAGGUUCCAACCGUAACAAUUUUUGUAUUACUUUGUGA